CGAUGUCGAAAUAAAGGUUUUAUGGGAAGAAAAUCGACAAAAAAAUGUAUUUCACUUCUAAACCAACGAUACCAGAUGCUUUCUCUUUUGAAAUCCACUGUAGAUGAACCGGUUGCUUUAAGAAAACAGCAAAUUACGACAGAGUGGAUGUGGCUUCGGGUAGAGAGGGAGAAACCUUACUUGAUGAAUUGGAUUGUGUUGAUAUCUGUGCUCCUUGCUACUCCACCUGAUUACACGCUGUAGAAUGGAGUUUCAAUAAGGACAGCUUUUCAAGAUGAACUGGAAACAACAGCAUAAUAAAAACUAAUUGGAAGCGUGAGACAACUGGCAUGACAUCAUUCCAAAGUGAUAUUAAUCACUCAGGCCAACCUUCGGGUCUAAUCAGAGGAAACCUGAUGCUAUGUUGCUUUGUGACAAGAAUACCUUCAUUGAGGAGGAGCGGCAUGUGAAAGCCAAUGACCGGGACUACAAUGGAAGGUUUCCAUAUGCAGACAAUCGCAUCAAAACCUCAAAAUACCACAUUGUUACAUUCCUGCCUAUUAAUUUGUUUGAGCAGUUCCAACGUGUUGCCAAUGCCUACUUCCUGUUUCUCCUUAUAUUGCAGCUAAUUCCUCAAAUCUCUUCUCUCUCCUGGUUUACUACCAUUGUGCCUUUGGUUCUUGUGUUGACGAUUACUGCUGUGAAAGAUGCUAUGGAUGACUUUUUUCGCCACAAAAGUGAUAACCAUGUUAACAACCGGCAAUCUCAGGUACUCAUCGAUGGCAAGUUACAUACUGAAAAAUGGAUGAAUGUGCGUGUCGGAGAUAUCAUCAAGCUGGAAAACAAUCAGUUUGUAGCUGCUGACUUGCUGCUCUUGUCUAGCAGUGAACCUUAUGGACUCUGCUACAUUGAAACAGCAGAGCUAGAUGGAGAGACUAACUUAAAAGUGCGUCAGGCAUUAACAGUAACUUCCGAACUUGGUGGAGAUAUUAGCAAAAUGGCAGCAUUUGAUGGGGAGGUUGUAUGUGAGCCUCCAAACAACAGAUUGGACAGAUUCACUGGGACUCUGCUCUGGAAAGAUGAGAAGCACAGCCUUGCCAAUGACAAGAUGCUGCUUCGUGGCUGCGUGCUUCGAAAUACGGAAUGGUGCUUUGGAAUGGUCAUUUUUGCAGGACCUCAGACAAAGCUAAUGCAAAAUAGUGGGAAGACCACAUUCAAAAGAACCAGCAUAGACAAAUUGAUGAACACCUUGGUUUUAUGGAUUUUUGGGUUUCUUACAUGCAUGGGGAUUAUCCUAGCAAUAGGAAACUCAAUCUGGGAGUACAGAGUCGGGCAUGAUUUCAGGAUUUACCUGGCUUGGAAUGAAGUGCUGGACCAUGCUGUGUUCUCCGGAUUUCUUACCUUCUGGUCCUAUGUUAUCAUUCUCAAUACAGUCGUACCCAUCUCCCUAUAUGUCAGUGUGGAGGUGAUUCGCCUGGGACACAGCUACUUCAUAAACUGGGACCGGAGAAUGUACUGCAGUCAGAGAGACACUCCAGCAGAGGCUCGCACUACCACACUGAACGAAGAGCUCGGACAGAUAGAGUAUAUAUUCUCUGACAAGACUGGCACACUCACACAGAAUAUCAUGGCUUUUAACAAAUGUUCUAUCAAUGGGAAAAUCUAUGGUGAUAUAUAUGAUGAGCAUGGAUGUAAAAUAGAAGUUACAGAGAGAACUCCAUCAGUGGAUUUUUCCUUUAACCAUCUAUCUGAUAAGAAGUUUAAGUUUUACGAUCACAGCCUGGUUGAAGCAGUCAAACUGGGGGACUCCUCGGUGCACGAGUUCUUUCGACUGCUCUCCCUCUGCCACACCAUCAUGGCGGAGGAGAAAAACGAAGGGGAACUCGUGUACCAAGCACAGUCACCUGAUGAAGGAGCUUUGGUUACUGCUGCUAGAAAUUUUGGUUUCGUAUUUAGGUCCCGAACACCGGAGACCAUAACAGUUUGUGAAAUGGGAAAGCUGGUGACCUAUCAGCUGCUCGCCAUUUUGGAUUUUAAUAAUUACAGAAAAAGAAUGAGUGUAAUUGUAAGGAAUCCAAAAGGACAGAUAAAGUUGUACUCAAAGGGAGCUGACACCAUUUUGUUUGACAUGCUUCACCCAUCUGACGAGGAUCUCAUGUACACUACCUCAGACCACCUAAGUGAGUUUGCUGGAGAAGGGCUAAGAACAUUGGCGCUGGCGUACAAAGAUCUAGAAGAAGAGUACUUUGAAGAGUGGUUUAAAAGGCAUCACUUUGCCAGCACUACCCUAGAUAACAGAGAAGACAGCCUAGCUGCUUUAUAUGAAGAGAUUGAACAGGAUAUGAAGUUGCUAGGUGCAACAGCUAUAGAAGACAAAUUGCAGGAAGGAGUUGCUGAGACUAUAGCUUGUUUGACUCUUGCCAACAUUAAAGUUUGGGUCCUUACAGGUGACAAACAAGAGACGGCCAUGAAUAUUGGCUACUCAUGUAACAUGCUGAGAGAUGACAUGAAUGAGGUUUUCACAAUAUCGGGUAAUACAGUGCUGGAGGUGCAGCAGCAGCUCAGGAACGCUAAGGAGCGUGUGUUGGGUUCAUACAGGGACGUGGGAAAUGGCCACACAAACUCUAAGAAGCUGGAGAUGUCUAAGAACGACUCAGUGGUUGAGGAAACCUUCACUGGGGAGUAUGCUUUGAUCAUUAAUGGGCACAGUUUGGCCCAUGCUCUUGAGGCCGACCUGGAGCAGGUGUUCCUGGAUAUCGCCUGCAUGUGCAAAACUGUCAUCUGUUGCCGAGUGACUCCACUACAGAAAGCCCAAGUGGUGGAGCUUGUGAAGAAAUGCAAGAACGCUGUCACUUUGGCAAUAGGGGAUGGAGCUAAUGAUGUCAGCAUGAUUAAAACUGCUCAUAUCGGAGUGGGGAUCAGCGGUCAGGAAGGCAUGCAGGCAGUGCUGUCCAGUGACUUCUCCUUCGCUCAGUUCCGAUUCCUUCAGAGGCUCCUCCUGGUCCACGGCAGGUGGUCCUACUUCAGAAUGUGCAAUUUCCUCUGCUAUUUCUUCUACAAAAACUUCGCUUUCACGCUGGUGCAUUUUUGGUUUGGUUUCUUCUGUGGUUUUUCAGCACAGACAGUGUAUGAUCAGUGGUUUAUAACCUUGUUCAAUAUAGUUUACACCUCCCUUCCUGUUCUUGCAAUGGGCCUGUUUGACCAGGAUGUUAAUGAACAAAGUAGCUUGGAACAUCCCAGACUGUACGAACCAGGGCAGUUGAAUGUCCUGUUCAAUAAACACAAGUUCUUCAUCUGUACAGCACAAGGGGUCUACACUUCCAUUGUCCUGUUCUUCAUACCAUACGGUGUCUUUCUGGAUACCGUGAGAGAUGACGGGUCACAUAUCGCAGACCACCAGUCCUUCGCUGUUACUAUAGCAACAUCAUUAGUGAUUGUUGUCAGCGUGCAGAUUGGGCUGGACACCAGCUACUGGACAGCGGUUAAUCAUUUUUAUAUAUGGGGCAGUGUGGCUAUUUACUUCUCAAUAUUAUUUGCCAUGUACAGUAAUGGCAUAUUUGAUCUAUUCCCAAACCAGUUUCCCUUUAUUGGAACCGCUCGUAAUGCCCUGUCACAGAAGAGUGUCUGGCUGGUCAUCCUUCUCACCACAGUUGUAUGUGUCAUGCCAGUGGUGGCUCUGCGGUUCCUGAGGGUAGAUUUAUAUCCACGCUUGACUGAAAAGGUCCGCUACAUGCAGCAGGCUAGCAAAAAACAGCGCCCCCUGGAGCACAAACUGAAGCGCGUGCGCAGGACCAGCUCCAGGCGCUCGGCCUAUGCAUUCGCACACCAGGAGGGCUACGGAGAACUCAUUACCUCAGGAAAGAACAUGAAAGUCACCAACCCCUUCUCGUCAUUGCCAGCUGUGAGGAUACAGGGCAGCACCAGCUGGAUUGAGAAUCUUCUCAAGAAAAGAGCAGACGCCCCAAACAGCGCAAGCACUGACAGGGCACCGAAACAACAGCAUCAGCAAUAGCUCCUUUUGAGGCCUUGUCCAUUAGGAGUUCAAAAAGACUUAAAAUCGGUCUUGUUUGAGUGCAAGGGCUGGGACUGAGUCAGAGCUAGUUAGGAUUGCAGGCUGGCAGAAACUGUGCUUUCCAAAUUUCUCUGAUGGAAGAAGUGACCUGAAGCUGGGCAUCAAACCAUAUUUAUUUCUACAUAACUUCAAUCUCUGAACUGGUUUAAUAUCCGGUGGCAGAUGGAAACCAGUGCCAAUCCUUAUUUGAUACUGGAAUGAGGUCUACUUUAACAGCCCACGGGUAGAAAUGUAGCAAUAGGUUAUUUUAGACUUGGCCAUAUUGUUGCACUGUGUUAAUAUAUCAGGUGAAGGAAGAAGACCUAUUUAUGCCAUGACAGCAAAAAUAAAUAAAAAUGAUUAAAAAAAAAAAAAAAAAA